AUGUUCCUGGUGAACGCAACUCGUCAAUCGGUCGUAACGAAUGCUCGUCGUACAUAUGCCACGUCUGCUAAGCCAAAGCGACGUGUUGGUGCUGUCAGCGGCGGUGUCCUCGGUUUUAUUGCUGGCGUCGGUGCUGCAUUGGCCGUUUCAGAUAGUUUCCAUUUCCAGGACGAAUAUGUAAAGUCGACGCGUCAAUUAGCAGCAUCGGUGGACGAGUUGCGCACUUCGACAGAAAAGGUACGCGAAUAUGCCGAUAGUGUCGAACGUGUUGAUCGCGAUUUCGCUCAAGUGAAAGCCCAGUCUGUCAGCGCAAAGGAUCUGGAACAACUUAAGCGCGAUAUCUACAAAUUACACGAUACCAUGAGCCAUGACCAUGUUGAGUUGAAAGCACGCGUUUGGAAGAUGGAGCACCGAUCUUAG